CGCGCACGCAUUCUGUGGAUGUCUGUAUGCCGCGUGGUGGCCGCGCACAAUGGAGUGGCUUGAGCGCAGCUCUGGGCUCGUCCAGUCCCGUCUCCUCGGUGAAGGGCUCCGCAGACACACGGCCCUGGGCCUGGCCUGUGUCACGCUGGGCGGCUCGCUGCUGAAGGAAUUCUGGCCGCUGCCGGACUCCUACUUCAACAACAAGAAGAACUUUCUGAACGUCUAUUUUGUCAAGCUUUCCUGGGGCUGGACGUUAUCGCUGCUCUUGCCUUUCAUCGGACUGACCAAUUACAUUGUGACUCGGAGCGUCCCGGCCGUUUUUCGCAGGAUAAGCACCCUGCUUGUAGGAACCCUAAUAUGGUACGCCUUUACCAAUGUGUUCACGUACAUUGAGAACGCCACCGGCAGUUGUCACGUUUCUGAGACGCAGCUACAGAAUACCACGGAGCACGGGGACAAGAGAGCGUGCAUCAAGAGUGGAGGAUUAUGGGUGGGAUUCGACAUCUCCGGCCACUCGUUCCUCCUCCCGUAUUGCGUCUUGAUGAUUUUGGAGGAAGCCGCCAUUCUAAGAGAUGAGAGGAUCAAGAGGCACAGGAUGAAGCCGCUCAUUCACGCCUUGGUUGUGUCUCUGGGAGUCUUGGGGCUCAUUUGGGCUCUCAUGUUCUUUUGUACUUCCAUCUACUUCCAUACUCCUUUGCAAAAAGUAUUUGGAACUUUCUUCGGCAUCCUGUCCUGGUACAUCACGUAUAGGUUGUGGUAUCUAAAGACGUUUUCUCCUGGACUUCCUCCCACCUCUCCUCCAGGAAAGAUCCACAAGAAAGCCAGAUAGACCAACACUACAUAGUAUUAUAUUUA